UGACAAGUAAACACCUAUAAAGAAAAAUUUAGCUAACUAAUUCAGAAAUAAAAAUAGUAUUUCCCUUAAGAAUUUCAUAAAUUCAAUUAGAAAAAUAUUACCAACGGAUUAUUUAUUGUUUUAAUUCAUUUGAUAUCAAAAACGGGGCGUGUAGUCCAUUUGUAUAUAUUGACAAGAAGAAAACGUAGCAGAGGCUAACCUUAACGUAAUUGUUUUGUUAUACAGUUAUUAGUUAUCCACAUUAUUUAAGUUACAAAUCUUUAAAGUGUGAAAAAUGUCGUUAGCAGACGAAUUACUAGCAGAUCUGGAAGAUAACGAUCAAGAUGAUUUUCCUAAAGAGGAAGAAUCAGAAAUGAUGGAAACAGAAGAAAAACCAGAUAUAAACGAACUUAUGCAACAAGAUACCACUCAAAUAAAUUCAGUUCGAGAAAUUUGUAAGUUAAGAGACUCCGAAAAAUUACAAAAGAUAAUAAAUCAAAUAGAAAACUUUGGUUCAAAAAUACGAAAAGCCGGUGAUGUGAUAGGACCCGUUGAAACAGAUCCAGAAUAUCAGUUAAUAGUUGAAGCAAAUAAUUUAGCUCAAGAUAUUGAUAAUGAAAUAGUAACCAUACAUAAAUUUGUACGAGAUAAAUACCAAAAACGAUUUCCGGAAUUAGAAUCGUUAGUAGUAAGUCCUUUAGAAUAUUUAAGAACUGUUAAAGAACUUGGAAAUGAUCUUGAUCAAGCUAAAAAUAAUGAAAUAUUACAACAAUUCUUAACACAGGCUACGAUUAUGGUCGUAUCCGUCACUGCUUCUACAACUCAAGGUUCCUUAUUAUCAAAAUUUGAAAAAGAACAAAUUGACGAAGCUUGUGAUAUGGCAAUGGAAUUGAACAAUUUUAAAUUGAAAAUUUAUGAAUAUGUAGAAAGUAGGAUGGCAUUUAUAGCUCCAAAUAUUUCUGUAAUAUUAGGAGCUUCGGUAGCUGCUAAAAUAAUGGGAGUAGCAGGUGGUUUAACUAGACUUUCAAAAAUACCUGCUUGCAAUGUAUUACUCCUAGGACAACAAAAGAAGUCUCCAUCAGGUUUUUCUCAAUCGACAAUGUUGCCUCAUACGGGGUUUGUUUAUUAUUCAGAUAUUGUACAAAAUACUCCUCCUGAUUUAAGACGAAAAGCAGCGAGAUUAGUGUCAACAAAAUGUACAUUAGCAGCUAGGGUUGAUGCGUGUCAUGAAAGCACAGAUGGACAUAUCGGUAGACAACUAAGAGAUGAAAUUGAAAGAAAACUGGAUAAAUUACAAGAGCCACCACCUGUGAAAUUUGUCAAACCUCUGCCAAAACCAAUAGAUCAAUCAAAAAAGAAAAGGGGAGGUAAGAGGGUGAGAAAAAUGAAAGAGAGAUAUGCCUUAACUGAAUUUAGGAAACAUGCUAAUAGAAUGAAUUUUGCCGACAUAGAAGAUGACGCUUAUCAAGAAGAUUUGGGCUAUACUAGGGGUACAAUUGGAAAAGCUGGUACAGGAAGAAUAAGAUUGCCUCAGGUUGAUGAAAAAACUAAAGUUAGAAUAUCAAAAACGUUACAAAAGAAUUUACAAAAGCAACAAAUUUGGGGUGGAAGUACUACUGUUAAAAAGCAAAUAUCAGGUACGGCAUCUAGUGUAGCUUUUACACCAUUACAAGGAUUGGAAAUUGUGAACCCACAAGCUGCGGAAGUUAAAGUGAACGAAGCUAAUGCCAAAUAUUUUUCAAAUACAUCAGGUUUUUUGAAAGUAGAAAAAAAGUGAUUUUCUUAUUUGGCAAGGAUGUAAAAAAGCUUCAAUUGUGGGGAGUAAACUUACUUUUUAAAAUAGAAUCAGUUCAUCAUAAUUAACGUAUUUAAGGAUCAUUAUUACUUAUGAAAUGUUUAUCUUAUCAAAAACAUAAAUGUGAAAUGAGAGCCAAGUUCAAUAUUAUGAUAUAUGCCUUGGUUGCUGACUUCAACGACAAAAGAAGUGAGAUUUAAAUGGGACCCAAGAAGAAGAAAAGAUAUUUUAGGUUGUUAUAAAUAAAUUUCUGGACUGACCAUUGAACUUGGCACCCAUUUAAAUCUCACUUCUUUUGUCGUUGAAGUCAACAACCAAGGCAUAUAUCAUAAUAUUCAACUUGGCUCUCAUUUCAGAUUUCUGUUUUUGAUAGGAUAUCAUCACUUUUUGUACAUAAAUUAUUAAUAGGUACUUAUUUAUAACAAAAUUAAUACCAAAGGGUUUUUGUUAAACUUUUUUGUUUUAUUUUCUAUAUAUUCUUGUACCUUUGGAAUGUUCAUGUGAAAUGCCCAUUCAGUAUCUAGAAUUUUUUUUACGUGUUUUCUGUUUACACUUAAUUUGAUCAAGUCGAGGCAGUAUAACAUAUGCAGAUGGUAGUACUCUAAAAUAGAGCUUUCUUGUGCCUUGAUUUGACUUGGAUCUAAAUUGAUAAGAUGUACUCCAUUUAAGGUUUUAACUCUGGAGAGGCUAAUGUAAGCCUGUCCUUAAUAUUGCGCUAAAUAUUGAAACAAUAAUUAAUACAAAAUCCCAGUUAAUAAUGUAAUAAAUAUGAAAGUUGACUGUACUCUUAGUUAUAAGUAGUAAAACAGAAAAAAAAAUUAAGAGUGGUAUUCAACUCGUUAUAUGUCAUAAGUUUUGAUUGCCGAUUGCUGAUUUUUAUACAGGCAUUAAGUAUAAAUGUUCCUAACACAAUCAGUUAAAUGAAAAAUUAUAAUAAAUUGAUAAAAAUUU